AUGCUGAUACUUCAUUUCGUCAGCACAGACGGUGCAGGAUUGUUCUGUGGAGUCCUUCAGCACCUCCUCAACCGCGGUUCUAAUUGCCCCAAAGUCCUUGUCGCUACUCACUUCCACGAUGUUUUCAAUGAGGAACUUCUCGACCCAGAGUGCAUACCCGUCUCCUUCCGCCAUAUGCAGGUCAUGUUCACGUCGAGAACCGGUGCGGUUGUGGAGUCCAGUUCUUUUGACCCUUCUUCUGCUACUGGCUGCACUUCGCCUUCAGCCAGUACUGUCGAAGACGAUAUAGCAACGAGGAAAAUAGGGCCGGCUGAGAAGAUAACUUAUCUAUACAGAGUUGCCGAAGGUCUCUCUCUGGAUUCACAUGCGGCGAAAUGCGCGGAAAUAUUCGGUAUACCAUUGAGGAUCGUUGAGAGAGCACAAUAUGUCAGCCACUUGUUGUCUACUCAUGAACUCGGGCGUCUCCUCGAUGAAGAAAUGUCCGACAUAGAACGUAAAGAUCUGGAAAAUGCGGAAGCUGUGUGUCGUCGCUUCCUGGCUUGGGACCUCAAAGCUGAUGAAGAGUCGGACCUUCACGAGGGUGAAGUUAAGAGAAAACUUAGACAAGUUUUAGGAAAGGGAACAGGUGAUGAGGACGACGAUACGGACGACGAGUGA